AUGUCUGGUAGGUCUAAUGGUCGUGGGGGGAGAGGCUCCGGGUCGCUGCCCAAACUAUCCCGUCCCCAAUUCUUCGCUGGAGGCUCGGAUUUUUCUGGUUCGCCUGAUUCACACACUCUCAGGGCUUCAUUGUCUGGAGAGAAGAAGAGCUCCCAAACUUCUGAAAAACUACUUGCUGACGAUAAGCCCCCUAGUUUCCGCCCUGGUUACAGACCAUCUAGUGACCGUUCUCAGAACUCGAGGGGAGGCGAGGUUGAAAGGUAUGAAAAUGGUAACAACUCCCCUUUCAAUGCAUCCGACUCACUGCAAAAUUACCGGCAGCAACAGGAGACGGGUAUACGCCUGAUUGGAUGGAUCAACAACCCAUCUGUAAGUUGCCCAAUCACGAUCUCAGGGUCUACCUUCCGUGGGCUUAUGAAUCAAAGAUGGGAGCGUCUCGAACAACUUGGCGGCUUGCCAUCAAACUACACUCAAUCUACGUUUCUUCCUCCUGGUGUGCCAGGUGCAAUUGGCUCCCAACUGAGGCAAAACUCAUAUCGAUGGAUUUCCAUCAAGAAAUCUCCACCAAACCAGCCGUACAAUGUGUGUUGGUGGUCCGGCCGCACUGCACAGAGCGUGAUCUUCCUGGAGGACGUUAAUCACCCAGAAAACUCGCAAUUCCCAUUUAUUUCCGAAAUCAGCAAGGCAAUUUACGAGAAAGACUUCGAUAUUGAUACUCUCAACAUACCAUACCCCUGA